CCUGUACCACGCCUCCUCUCUUGCGCUCGCCACGCAUCGUCAAUUCCCAGUCUGCAACUUGUACGGACGAUGGCGUCGUCACUUCGUCCAGCAUCGCGGCUCGUCGCGAGGCCACUGUCAGCUGCGUCGGUCAUCCUACGACAAGCAGAGCGAUCACCUUUCCUUCGUGCCACCACCACAGCUCAGUUUCACUCUUCAAGUCCCAGAAAUGCCUUACCUUCCGGCCCUCCGCCGCAGGGCUACCGACUGCCACGACCCAAAAGAUUCGAUGAGGGCGAGGGGGUGAUGGAUAAAGCUAGCAAUUACUUUCUCCUCACUGAGAUGCUGAGGGGGAUGUAUGUGGUGUUGGAACAGUUCUUCAGACCGCCCUACACAAUCUACUACCCGUUCGAAAAAGGGCCCAUUUCACCACGAUUCCGAGGCGAGCACGCAUUGAGGCGCUACCCCUCUGGCGAAGAGAGAUGUAUCGCCUGCAAGCUCUGCGAAGCCAUCUGCCCCGCCCUAGCGAUCACAAUUGAAGCUGAAGAAAGAGAAGAUGGCUCGAGGAGGACUACCCGUUAUGAUAUUGAUAUGACGAAGUGCAUCUACUGUGGGCUUUGCCAGGAGAGCUGCCCUGUUGAUGCUAUCGUGGAGACUCCCAAUGCCGAGUAUGCAACAGAGUACCGAGAAGAGCUCUUGUACAACAAGGAGAAGUUGCUGGCCAACGGAGAUAAAUGGGAACCCGAGUUGGCGGCUGUGGCAAGAGCGGACGCUCCUUACAGAUAAAAAUGGUCCCGGAAAGGCUGUCGUAUGCGCUCGUUAUCAAAUUGUACAUAAGCUGCGAAUCAGCAUGAAGCAGAGAGUGACCUUGCAGCAAAAAUCACCAUCAAUUGCAUUUAUCUAACAGUGGCUAUUUUCCAGGCGCUGGUGCUUCACUAUGUAAAUUUGGCUAAGUUUGACCAACUCUACACUAGCUCAG